AUGGCGGACGAUUUCGAAAAGGCAGUGCUGCUGAGUUUCGACCAGACAGGGGCUGUGGAGCGCGGCCUGAAGGAGCAAGCGGUCGCGUUCUGCAACAAUGUGAAGAUACAACAGGGCUCAUGGAGACUAUUCCUGGAGCGCUUCCGAUCGUCGGGCUUCCUGGAAGUCAAGUUUUGGUGCCUGCAGGCACUCCAGGAGUUCGUGGAUUCGCAAUUUGGGAUCCUGGCGACGGAUGACCGGAACGUGAUCAAGUCCUCCAUCAUGGGGUGGGUCCAGAGCAGCGACAUAUCGCAGCAGCCAGCCUUCCUGCGGAACAAGCUGUCGCAGCUCACAGCGGCCGUGAUCAGGCUGGAGUACCCGGACGGAUGGCCGUCCUGCUUCAGCGACCUCAUCAGCGCGGCUCAGAGGGGACGCUCUGCUGUGGACAUCUUCUGCAGAAUUAUGCUCGCCAUCGACAGCGACGUCAUCACUCUGGAGAUUCCCAGGUCAUCAGAGGGCAACCGGAUGAGCAUGCAGCUGAAGGAUGCCAUGCGGGACCACUGCAUUGGUGACAUCGCCGAAGCGUGGUACCAGCUGGCAUCAACAUACUCCUUGGAGGAUCCAGACACAGCAGGCAUGGUGCUGAAGACUGUGCAGCGGUACAUCGGCUGGAUAGACAUAGGUCUAGUGGCCAAUGACAGAUUCAUACACCUCCUUUACAGUCUGCUGAGCUCCACGAACUCUGACCUCCAGGAGGCAGCAGUGGAGUGCCUAACUGAGGUGCUUGUCAAGGGGAUGGACCCACUUGGAAAGUUAGAGCUCAUCCAGAAGCUGAGGUUGGUGGCCUGCUGUGCUCAGUGGAGCGGAGGGUUGCCGGGAGCGGAGGGGGAUGAGUUGCAAGUGAAAAGUGCCAGGCUGCUGGCUGCACUUGCCCAGGAAGUCUUGGAGUGCUGGAAGCAAGUGAAAAACAGGCUUGUCAGCUUCAAGGCAGUCGGACUGAAUUUUGACAAGGAGUUAGCAAAAGAGGCUGCAGCAGCUGUUGCCACUUGUGAGGGCAUCGUUGAUGAGUUGUUUCCUGCAGUCAUGACGGUGCUGCAGAAUGAUGACGAGACUGUGUCCAUGACUAUAGUCCCCUUCCUGACAGCAUAUGUCACAAAGCUGAAGGCAGAACAGAAAAGGUCUGCCACAGUUUCUGACAAUGCAUCAAACCACCUGAAGCGCACACUAGAUGGCAUGUUGAAGUGUGCAAGCUACCCAAGCGAUUCUGCCAUUCUUGAACAGAAUGGUGGCACUGAGGUUGAGAUGGCUGCCAUCAAGGAGGAGCAGGAAGCAGUUGAAGACAGGAGGCGCGACCUUCUUACCCUGUUCAAAAAUAUUGCCAGGGUUAUGAUGUCACCAACUGUCCAGUUCGUGGAUUCGAGACUGGGAGCAACCCUGUGCAAUCCUGAAUCCACAUUUCAGGAUGUUGAGUUGGUGUUGACCCUGCUGCAUGAGCUUGGGGAGGCGGCCUCUGAUGAAGUGGCAAAGCAGGGAUGUGGUGCUCUGGGGCCAUUGGUGCUGAAGGUGGUGCGUUCUACUGUCCCACACGCGAGCCACAGCCUUGUGGCCCUUGCGGUUCUGGAGAUAUUGGUGCGGUAUUCUAGAGUUAUGCAGCAGCAUCAAGACGUUUUGCCAUCCGCUGUGGCGAACUUCAUUGAUGGCAGGGGGAUGCGGAAUUCAUCUGAGGUCUCAGUUCGGGCAUGCUACCUGUUCAUGAGGUUCAUCAAAGCACUUCGCUCCAACCUGCGGCCACUGACAGCUUCGCUGCUGACCAGCCUUGAACCCUUCUUGAAGCAUGUGGCCCAAACGCCCCAAUUCGAUGGAAUGCUGGUGGGCGGUACAAGACAACAGGGUGCCGCUCCGCCCUCGACUGUCUCAACAGACGAUCGAAUGUGUGUAUUCGAGGCUGUGGGUUUGCUGAUCGGCCCUGAAGAUGUGCCUUCUGAUCGCCAGAGGGAGCUUGUGGUUGCUGUGCUGGAGCCAUUGAUGCGUCAGAUUGAGGGGUGUCUGGGCGUCGGUGCACAGCAGCCGACCAGUGUUGCACUUGUGCAGCAAGCGUUAGAGGGCAUAUCUAGGCUCAGCAAAGGUUUCAAGCAAGAGCUUGCCACAAACCACAGGCCUGAAAUUGGCCAGCUGUUCGUUCAAGCUUUUGAUGAGGCUCUGCUCAUCCCUCAGACGUUUCCUGACAGCAAGUCACUUCGGGCACGCUUCAUUUCGUUUGUCCAUCGCAUGGUUGAGACGAUUGGGACACUCACACUGCCAUACCUUCCAAUGACCCUCCAGGUGUUGAUGCACCAGAACUCGGACACCCGGGACACCUGUGACGUCCUCGCUCUGGUCAAUCAGCUCAUCAACCGCUUCCGAGGCUCUUUGUCAGAACUCCUCCUCAAAGCGCUGCCUGCCAUCCAGGCAGAGGUGCAUGGCAAGCUUACACCUGAAUGGGACUGGAGCGGACAGCAUGCGCAGCCCGCUCGAUCGGGGGCACCCGCAAAUGGGCUCAGUCCAGUGUUGAUGGAGGAGUACCGUGAACGGGGCGAGCUUCAGAGGAUGUACUAUGGACUUCUGCAUGCUUUGGUUCAUCAGGGCCCACUGGACGUGCUUCUACAGAUCCCACAGAGUUGCCUGGAGGCUAUGCUCACAGCUUUGGCGCAGGGAGCUGCAACCCAUGUAGACCCGUCAGUGCGCAGAACAUGCGUGCAUGCCUUGGGCACUUUGGUCCGAGAGUGGGGCGAUCGAAUAAACGCCGACCAAGGAUUCAAACAGUUCAUAUUGGACAGGGUGGGAGGGGAUGCGUGCAUCCGGGGUGUGCUGCAGGGUGGCCUGGACCCCAAGGACGCUGCCACUGUGUCUUUUCUUGAGGAGGUUGCAGCCUGUCUGCGUGCUGUGCAUGAGAAGUGUGGCUAUGAGUUCCUUGCGCGCUUGUCACUGAUCUUGCCAUCCAUGGGAAUGCCACAUGACAUCCAGCAGCAGUUCAUUUCUCAGAUUCAGCAAACUGACACCAAGCAGCUGAAGAACUAUCUGAAGAGCACACUGCAAAAAUUGACACAGGUGGCCAGAUAG